ACACGAUAAUAUUAUUGAAUUAGUCAUUUGGAUAUCUCUGAUUUUUGUAUAUAUUAGGAUUUCAUUGUAAAUUUGGCUUAACGCACAGUUUAAACGGGAUAUGAACAUAACGUUAACGAUACAAAAAGGUAUGGCAAGAAUCGUUUUCCUAUUUCUGACGAUGUUGACAAUAGUGUUUGGUAACAGUACAGUAAUUCUCAAAACUAAGCUGGGUAACAUAAAAGGCAUAUCUUCCUCCUUCACAUUUGAUAACUAUACAAGAAACUACAAUGAAUUUAGGAAUAUACCAUUCGCAAAACCACCUGUUGGCGAUCUUAGAUUCCACCAGCCCGUCCCUUAUGGCGGAUGGAGUGAUACUUAUGAUGCCACCCGUUUUGGACCAUCUUGUAUCCAAUCAGUGAAUGGUGUGGUGAAUCAAUACGUACCAAAUACAAAUACAUCAGAAGAUUGUUUAGUACUUAACAUAUAUGUUCCUUCUGGAUCUUCAGAGUCGAAUGCAAAAUCAGUUAUUAUAUGGGUUCAUGGAGGUGGAUAUUACCUUGGACAAGGAAUGUUUUAUGACGGCUCAUAUCUCAGUGGCAUUGGUGAUGUAAUUGUAGUAACAAUAAAUUACAGAUUGGGACCUUUUGGAUUUUUCAGCACUAUGGACGAUGUGGCACUCGGAAAUUAUGGACUUUGGGACCAACAAAUGGCGAUUAAAUGGGUGCAUGACAAUAUUGAAAGUUUUGGAGGGAAUCCAAAUUCUAUAACAAUAGCUGGUCAAUCUGCAGGUGGUUUUAGCGUUGCACUACAAGCUAUCUAUCCAGCAAAUAAGGGACUGUUCCAUCGGGUGAUAGCACAGAGUGGCGCGAGUAACUCAUUUAUCACCAUGUCUACCGCUGCUAGAAAAAGUGCAAAGCUACUUUCAGUGAAACUUCAUUGCAAUGAAAGUCUUACGCAAGAGACUCUAACAUGUCUGAGAAAUAAAACUGCCAAACAGAUACUUGAUGUCUUUAAUACAAUACCCACGAGUACAUAUAGCAUUAAUGGUUCCAAGAACGUGUAUUUAGAUCUUCCAUUUGCCCCGGUUGUUGAUGGAGUGUUUCUGAAACAAUCACCACAAAAUAUUCUGUAUGGUAAACCGUCACCGGAGCUUGAAUUUUACAAAUCAUUAGAUGUUAUUUUUGGUGCCUGUGAAUUAGAAGGGAUAGCAAUACCAUAUGGCAUAAGGGAAAUAGAAAACAGACUUUCCUUUAAUGUUUCUGAGGGAAUACCUUUCGAUUAUUUUCGAAAUCAUAUUAUACCAGUUGUUGUGGAGUUAUAUUUCAACAAUAAUUCAGCUUUGGCAUCUGAUAUCUACAAACAGUUUUUAUCUAGUAUUUCUCCACAGGACCAAGCUGUAAAUGUUGUGAAUUUGUACAGUGAUUUGUUCUUUUACUUCCCCGAGAUAGUUAGUUUGAAAUCUCAUGCCAGUGGAAACCACAACAUAAAACAGUACCUGUACAGUUUUAGGCCACGUACGAUGUUCUCCGAACAGAUGAGUGCCUUGUUUCCCUGGUACAAAGGCAAUGGUCACGGAGCUGACCUGUAUUUUCUCUUCCCAUUCCGAGGACAAGAAUCCAAUAUGACAACAGCAGACAGGAUAGUUGGAACAAUGCUUAUGAAAUAUUGGAGUAAUUUUGCUAAAACGGGGCAAGUUUAUUUAAAAGUGAAUGUGAACGGACCUGGAUUAGUGCACUGGCCAACGUAUGAUGAGACUACAAAGAAAUAUGCCUUGUUGGAUAUUAAUACUGUCAUCAAUAGCAAUUUGUAUGGAAACAGAAUUGAGUUCUGGUCGAAGAUUAUGAAUUUGAACCAACCAGGACCAACAACGCCCUGUUCAAGACCAGAGUGUAUCUUAGGACGAAAAUAACUUGAAUAUAAACAUGAAAAUGAUAAGAAUAUGUGUGUUUGAUUUUAUUUGAGGAAUGCUGAAAUUAAACUUCAUACUAUUGAGAAA